GUUGAACAACAGAUGAGACAAGUUUCAUCAGAGCGCAGCGUUAUCUCUGCGAGAGGCGCACGUGGACGGCAAACAUUUAAGAAAAGCGUUUCAUUUGCUGAAUGCACAGUUUCACACUGUUCACAAUUAUUUGUAUUGCACUGUCGCGUUUAUGUAAAGAGUGAACCGUAUUUUCAUUCAGGAAUAUGUAAGGACGAGUUGGAGCUUGCCCGAAUUAAUGACUGAAAAUGUGCGCGCUCUUAAUUUGUUUUUAAGAGUCGCUCCACAUCGCUCGUGUUCAUUAUGGUGGACAAGGGACCUCUUCUGACUUCUGCUAUCAUUUUCUACCUGUCGAUUGGGGCAGCAAUAUUCCAAGUCAUCGAAGAACCGAACUGGGAGAUCGCCGUGAGGAAAUAUAGAGCAGACAAGGAGAGCAUAUUGAAACAAUACCCCUGCCUUACCAAGGCUGACCUGGACUACAUUCUAGAGGUGGUGUCCGAUGCUGCAGGACAAGGCAUCACCAUCACAGGCGACAAAACCUUUAACAACUGGAACUGGCCCAAUGCUGUCAUCUUUGCAGCCACAGUGAUCACAACUAUAGGUUAUGGAAAUAUUGCUCCAAAAACUCCUUCAGGGAGGGUUUUCUGUAUAUUUUAUGGUCUCUUUGGAGUGCCACUGUGUUUCACUUGGAUCAGUGAACUUGGAAAGUUUUUUGGUGGAAGAGCUAAACACCUCGGAUGGUAUCUUACAAAGAAAGGAGUAACAUUGCGGAAAACGCAGCUCACCUGUACAGCUGUCUUUCUGUUAUGGGGUGUGCUGAUCCAUUUGGUGAUUCCUCCAUUUGUUUUCAUGACUCAAGAAGGCUGGACCUAUAUCGAGGGCUUGUAUUUUUCUUUCGUCACUUUGACAACUAUUGGUUUUGGUGAUCUUGUAGCAGGUGUUGACCCAAAUGCUGAAUAUCCUACUCUCUAUCGCUACUUUGUUGAGGUGUGGAUUUAUCUUGGUCUGGCAUGGCUGUCUUUGUUUUUCAAUUGGAAGGUGCGUAUGGUUGUGGAGGCUCACAAAGCUCUGAAGAAGCACCGUAAAAGGCGUAGGCUUUCACUGGAUGAGUUACAGCUCAAGGAAAGUCAUAAGACACUACACCUUCCCCCAACUCCCAAUGAUGUCAACAUCUUCAGCUUCCUGUCCAAGAAAAAGGAAGGUUACAAUGACUUAAUUAAGCAAAUAGGUGCUGACAAAGGAGAAAAUCAGUGUGUCAGCACCAUGAAUAGUAGAAAGAACGCAGCCGCAAAGCGCUCAAAAAGCUGCAGCGAUGCUCUCUCUAUAAAUGGAAAUACUAUUGUUAGUCUAGACGGCUCACCUCGACUGAAGCGCCAUUAUAGCUUCAGUGAUAGAGUUGCUGUAGCACUCUCAAAAUCCAAGGGCUACCUUUUUAGCCAAGAGGAAUGUCUUCUCAUGACUGAGAAGCUAGAGGAAGGAGAUACUGACUCGCAGUGCAUGGGAAUGUCUGAGAAUCAGUUGGACAAGGAGGCAGGAGAGAGUCAUAAAGCUCUUAUAUCUGAAGGGUGCAGAAAUAGUCAGAUCACAUGGGACUCCAAAGGUCACCAGACCAACAUGUUUCCUAAUGCUAACAUAACCUUCAUUGAUGAGGAUAAUUUUGUAAACAAUAACCGGGAGGAUGAAAAUGACUUUAUGCCUAGCUUCAAAUCAGAUGAGCCAGAUUUCAGAAAGGAAGAGGACUCAGAAUCUGAAACCUCUGUAUUCACCAGAUGUGGCUCAGACCAUGGACAAUCCUAUGAGCGGCUGGUGGAAGAGUAUUCCAAAGAGGACAACACUGACAUUUAAUUGAAAUUACUCUGAACCAUUGUAAAGUAUUGUAGAAAACUAUUUUAUAAAGCAUGUAUUAAGUCUCAAAAAUCUAAAAUUGUUUUUCCACAAAUUAAAAGGCUUCAGUGUUGAGC